AUGAUUCAAUAAUCAGAAUAGCAACUAACCAAUAAAAUCAAUGUAAUAAUUUAUGGAAAAUGUGAUUCUGGUAAAACUGAAUUAUUGAAGGCUUUAAAAAAAGAAAAUUAAAAAUUUAAUAAUUAAUUAUAUCAAGAAGAUUCAGAUGAGGAGAUAGAUGAAGAAGAAGCUAUGGAUAAAUUCGAAUGUGAUUUAUAUUCUUCUUAAGUUACUCGUUGUUCAUUUAGCUUAGAGAAUUAUAAUAUUUAUUUUGAAGAGUCAAAAAACUUUUAUUCUGAUUUACUAUUGAAAGCAUCAAAUUUUGAAGUUUUAAUGUUUCUAUUCAAUGCCUAAAAAGGAAUCUUUGAAAGUCAAAUAGACAAUAGUUUCUUUUUUAAUUUUGAUGCUUUGAAAUUGCUUAAAUAAAAUUACAAAGUCAUUUUUGCUAUCACCAAUAUGAACAGUUGCAAUUGGAGCAAAGAGAGAUUCGAUUUUAUCAAAGAUACAUUAUAAUCCUUAAUUUCGAAUUUAUAAUAUACCAUAAUUCCUAUUGAUUCUAAGUCAUUCACUAAUAUAACUAAAAUAGAAUGUUAAUGGUAUUAAGGUAAGUCUUUGACUGAAGAGAUUCUAUCCACUAAAUUAAAUAAUUUUCAAGAUAUUUUGAGGAUUAGAGUCUUAGAUAUAUCAAAAAGAUGUAAUUCAGCUUAUGAAUGUAAAGUUUUAAGUGGACAAUUAAAAUAAAUAGAAAAUCCAUUAAAUUUGAACUCAACAUUGUAAAAAACUAGUGUUUAAGUUAUUGGAAUAAUGGAUUCGAUAGAUAAUGUAUAAUCCAAUAUUUCUUAAAAUGAUUUGAUAUAAGUAAGGCUACUUUACUUACUAAUUUUAGAUCUUAGUAGAUGAAAAUACAAGACUGAAAGUUGGAGAUAUUUUAUCACUUCCACAUUAUACGUCUUGCUUUCUUAGUAAAGAGUUGCUGGUGGAUAUUUAAUUAGAGAGUCAAAAACAAUCAUCAAUAAUUAUAACUAGCGGAUAUAAAGGAUAUUUAAAUAUUUAUGGUAUUCAAACUCCUUUCGAAGUUAUAAAUGUUGAAUAUAUAAAUAUAGACGGUAAAAAAUAAACUUAAGAUUACUUAAAAUCCAAGUAAUCAGGAGGACUUAAAAUUAAGGUAGAUUCUUACUAAAUAUGAAAGCUUCCAGAACCAGUUUGUUUAGAAAAAUUUAAUGUAUGCUUUGAAUUAGGGCAUUUUCUGAUCUUAAACAUUGAUUAGUAUAAUUUACUAUUAUAUUAGAUAAAUUAUAGGGUCUGGCAAUGUAAUUAAACUAAAACCAUUAUGA